GUCCAAUUAUAAAUAAACACUGUACAGAGACAGCAGCACACAGCAGCACAGAACCCUCGUGGCAGUUGAAGUACGGACAGUUUAACGAUUUUUCCACAAUGACACGGCCUUUUGUCUUUAGCUGUUUUGGUCUCUCUAUAUAUGCAAGUCAAACAAGCAAACUGAAUCAGCAUUGCCACAAUUGUUUGCUUAAAAGAAAAGAAGCUUUUUCUUUUGCCAUAAAAGACCUGCAAGAUUCACCAAAAGCAGAAAAAAAAGAAGCGAGAAGAAUGUCACAGGUUUGGCAGACUGAAGAAAGCAGCAAGCCUGGAUCAGAGGAAGGAAACUGUUCUAGUUACGAGGGGUUGGCUGUUUUGCGCUCAAAGAGGUUGGAAGAACUUGAGGAUAUGGUGAAUCAGAAAUUCAACAAUAUAAGAAACCUUCAGGAGCAACGGUUCGAGGAGAUGAAUCAAAGAAUUCUUGCUAUUGGUCAAAGAAUAGAUAAACAUGAAAUGGCUGUGGAGAAGCUUUUGGUUAGUAGUAGGAGUAAUCUUGAGAAGACAAUACAGGACAUCAAACAAAGAUGCAUGAAGUUAAAAUUCAACAGCAAUAUCUCCGUUCCUAUUCUAACUGGAGAGCAAAUCAAAGGAGAAGGAGGUAACAAUUUGCAACUUUCUCUGAUUGAUAAUUGUACAGGAGCAGUUGUUGACUUUGGACGAGAAGCCUCUGCUAAAGUGGAAAUAGUUGCUCUCAAGGGAGAUGAUAAAGGAGAUGGUUGGACAGCUGAACAGUUUCAAAGUAAAAUUGCUCGAGACAGGAGAGGAAAACAAUCUGUUCUCGCAGGAAAUUUGCAACUGGAAUUGAAUAAAGGAAUUGUGUCUUUGUCUGAUGUUAUGUUUAAAAGUUCUCAACACUAUAACGGCGGCACCUUCAAGCUAGGGGCUUGGGUUGUUGAUACUUUUGAUGGCAGUCGAGUAAAAGAAGCGAAGACAAAUUCUUUCAAAGUCCAUGACUAUCGCAUUAAAUAUAACCAGAAGCAUUACCCCCCAUCUCCAUCUGAUGAGGUUUGGCGGUUAGUGAACAUUGCAAAAAAUGGUGCUACCCAUAAACGUCUGAAGAGGGAAAAGGUGAACUAUGUGAAGGAUUUCCUGACUCGACUCUCAAAAGACCCGCAAGAGCUCAAACGCCUAGUACGUCUACCUGAACCGAAGUGGGAGGCCACAGUGAGACACGCUCAAACAUGCAAACCUGAUAAUAUGGUUGGACAGGUUCCUGCCCCUGCACCAGGUGAUGCUUGCAAUAUGUUAGUAGCAUCUGUACAUCAAGACAAAGGAAUCCCUUUUGAUGGUAAUAUCAUGCCAUCCAUGGAUUCACCUGGGGUUUUAACCGGCCUGGAUGUAUCUGACUUUCCCAUUGUGGACUCUAUGGAGAUUAUAUUUGACCACCCAUUGAACAUUCCUGGCCAAGUCACGAACAACAUGAUAUGUGACAUAGACUCCAUGACUCCAGCUUUCUACGAAGAUGAGCACCUACAAUUUGUUGAUUCUUCAAGUUUGGGGCCAUCCACUGGUCUGCAUACUGCUGUUAGUGGCUUUCUGAGGCAUCCGCCUCGUAAUGGUCGGAGGAGAUGGAACAUGCUAUUCAGUGUCUGGAGAUGGUCUUCUUCUAUAAUAAAGUUGGUCGCAAGAAAAUCUAAGGCGAAAGAAGUAAAAGGAUACCGUUAACCGCAACUGUUUGGUUGGCGUUACAAAUGCAAUUCCAGUUAUUAGCUAUGGUGUUCUCUUUGAUGUUAUUUGAGUUAAAAUUUUCAAUUUUUUUAAUUAAUUCAUUGCUCUCCUUCAUUUGAUUUUA